AUGGUUGGAAUUGACGCCGUAUUCGCCGAGGCGCUUGCGGCAGGGAAUGGGGCGCUCGCUGCGCGUUGCGCUCUCCGUCCUCAAAUUCCCUCUUCCGUCCGACCGACGGCACCGGCUGCACCUCCGCGCGUUGCCGCCAUGCACACGCUCCCCCUCCCCCCCCACCUCCCUCGUGCACCGUGCACAUUGCCAGGCCCCAGCCGUGCGCCUGUGACCCACACGCACAUCACCUCGCCGCUCUCCUUGCGCGACCAGCUCUCCUUGCGCGACCCGCUCUCCUUGCGCGACCCGCUCUCCUUGCGCGACCCGCUCUCCUUGCGCGACCCGCUCUCCUUGCGCGACCCGCUAUCCUUGCGCGACCCGCUCUCCUUGCGCGACCCGCUCUCCUUGCGCGACCCGCUCUUCCAGCCCUUCCGCCGCCUCCCUCUCUUCCCUCCCUCC